UGAGCAUGCACUGGCAUACACAUGCUGGCAAUUGGACAUGAAUUUGAAGUAAUUCGAAAUAUGAACUCGACGGCGGAUGCAUUCGCGGCGGAUAUAUUGCAGUUGUUACCUGUAGACGAAUGGUUCACUUUACGUGACACGCUUAAGGAAAAUUGGCCAACUUACGCAUAUCAUUAUUAUUGGGUUGAGAAUGCUAUCCAGUGGAAGAAGCAGAAUCCAAAUAUAAAGCAUGAUAUUUACUGCCCAGAAGGAAAACUGUCCACUGGAGUAUUCAUCGGAAUAUCAACUUUUUCAGGAUUUAGAGUUUAUCCAUUCGCCACAGGGUCAUCGCAAAAUCUGCUCCAUAAGUCAUUACUAGAGAGUCAACGAUUGGAUUGGAACACGGGUAUAGUAAUUGCUGCCGUUCAUGAACACAUUCAACCUACAGUGUAUUCUGUUUUAGCUGAUUUAAAGUCUCAACGCGGACUUGAAAUAGAUUUCUCCAUACCUGGGCAAUAUUACUUUAAAUCGGUAGAAGAGUGUGCAACAGUAAAAAUCCAGAUACCUGAGGAAUGUUACGUGAUGAGAUUAAACAAAUCGCAUGUUUCUCAAAUUCUUGCUAUAUGGCCGCACCGUCAUGCAACACGUCCGGAAUUGUCAAUGGCCUACCUUCAAUUAUUGGUAGAGAUGAACACAAGUGUUGGUUUAUUUCUUAGAAAAAAUGAUGCACUUGUUUCGUGGGUACUACAGAAUGAAUGGGGAGGUCUAGGUAUGGUUCAAACUAUAGAAGAGUAUAAGCGACGCGGAUACGCAAAAACCGUUGUUAAAGUUUUAGCGAAAGAAAUAGCAGAUUUUGGUUUAUCGUCUGUUCUUUUUAUCGUGAAAGGCAAUGCAUCGUCGCAUGAAAUGUUUACUUCAUUAAACUGGAAGCGAAUGAAUGACAUUCUAUGGAUAGUAAUGAAAGAAUAUGAGACACGUACUUGAAAUGUUAAAAAUUAUUCCGUAAGUUGAAUUCUAUGGCAUAGAUUGGUGAUGUACUAAAACUGUAAAAUGAAAUCUCCUCAAGACACCUUAGGUGUAAACAAAUUUCGCCAAAUACAUUCUUGUUCCUUUUUUGAA